AUGCCUUCCUCCCCCGAACGUGAACAUCCACAGUAUAUUCCCAUCCCAGGGCAGACUCUACGCUCCGCGAUGAAACAUCCGUCUCGCCCUUCCACUCCCGUACAGUCCCCAGGUUCUCCCUUCCUGCGCUCUUCGCCGUUGCCCGGGCCCACAUCUCUCCUCAAUGUACCAACUUCGCCUUCGUGUUCGCCUUCCCAGUCUCUCGCCACCCAUCAAGACCCACCGUCAUUAUCCUCGUCGCCUCUCAUCCCACCACCCUCGCCGCUCGUGGCAGCCCAAGGUUACACGCCCAAAGUCUCCUUUGACACGCUUGAGAAUCCUCAAGCAAGCAUGUUCUCAUACACCCUCCAUGUCCAAAGCGACGGAUACGCGCGUAAUCGCGGCACGCGGGUCUUCCUGUGCGCAACCAGUCCGGACGAAAGCGGCCGCCAAGCGCUCGACUGGGCGCUCGAGAGUCUCGUUCAGGAUGGCGACGAGCUCAUUGUGUUCCGCGGUGUCGACACUGACGAAUUGGAUAAGGACCAUGACCAGUAUCGUGAAGACGCACGCGAGCUGAUGCGAGUCAUACAGGAGAAGUGCGUUGAAUACGAUCCUGAACGGAAGCUUUCGAUAAUCGUCGAGUACAUUGCGGGUAAAGUACCUCAGACGAUUGAUCGUCUGAUCUCACUCUAUCGCCCUGAUUCUAUCGUUGUGGGUACGCGAGGCCAGCGAGGUAUGAUGCAAGCAUGGGGUGCCGCGUUCGGUACGCCAGGACGGAUAGGAAGUGUCUCUAGGUGCCUGUCUUGUCUCAUAUACUUCAACUUUACCUAA